AUGCUGCUCGUCAUUUUGAUUGCCUUGUGCGGGAAUGACCUCUUAUUUAGCGCCGAGGUGGGAUGCCUCCCGUUGCCCGACUCCGGCCCGCUUUUGGCCAAUGACUGGGGAGAGCCAGUCCGACUUCGGCAUCUGUACGCAGCUCGACACGGACUGCAUCUGCAAAUAAAUAAAGACGGCAAGAUAGGAGGAUCGCACCUGCAAAGUUCUCACAGUUUGGUGGAAAUUCGCACCGUUGACACUGGUUGUGUUGUUAUCAAAGGAGUGGCGACCUCCAAGUAUCUAUGCAUGGAAGCGAACGGAAGGCUGUAUGGAUCGCAGAUCUAUGUGAAGGAGGACUGCUCCUUUCUGGAGAGGAUUCUGCCAGAUGGCUACAACAUCUACAUCUCAGGCAAACAUGGGACGCUCGUGAGCUUGGGUGGCGGCAAGAACCGACCCCAAAGUGCUCUUUCACAGUUCCUGCCCAUGGUCAAUACACUGUCACAGGAGCCUACAGACUACAAACCGAGAGGAGUGCACUUUCCAGUCGACCCGGAACAGGACCGUCAUUUAGGUUUCCAAGCAGACGGCAUGGAAUCGUUUGGGAGGAUCUCCCAAAUUGUCAUUCAAAGCCCCAGUUUUAACAAAAGAUGA